GUUGUGUUGUGGAAAUGGCGAACUCGGCAAAUACAAACACCGUGCCUAAAUUAUACAGAUCUGUGAUUGAAGAUGUCAUUAAUGAUGUGAGAGAUAUAUUUCUGGAUGAUGGAGUUGAUGAGCAAGUUCUGAUGGAACUAAAGACUCUAUGGGAAAAUAAACUAAUGCAGUCUAGAGCAGUGGAUGGAUUUCAUUCAGAAGAACAGCAGCUUUUAUUGCAAGUUCAGCAACAGCAUCAACCCCAACAGCAGCAGCAUCAUCACCACCACCACCAUCAACAAGGUCAACCACAGCAGACUGUACCUCAGCAAGCACAAACACAACAGGUCCUUAUUCCUGCGUCACAGCAAGCUGCUGCACCACAAGUUAUUGUUCCUGAUUCUAAGCUCAUACAGCAUAUGAAUGCAUCAAACAUGAGUGCUGCUGCUACAGCUGCUACGUUGGCACUCCCUGCAGGUGUGACUCCUGUUCAACAAAUAUUAACAAAUUCAGGCCAGCUUCUUCAAGUGGUCAGAGCAGCCAAUGGUGCCCAGUAUAUCUUUCAACCUCAGCAGUCAGUGGUUCUACAACAACAGGUUAUACCACAAAUGCAGCCUGGUGGAGUUCAAGCUCCUGUUAUACAACAGGUACUGGCCCCUCUUCCUGGAGGGAUCUCACCACAGACAGGAGUUAUCAUCCAGCCUCAGCAAAUCUUAUUUACAGGAAAUAAGACUCAGGUUAUACCAACAACGGUGGCAGCACCUACACCAGCACAAGCACAGAUAACUGCAACGGGCCAGCAGCAGCCACAGGCCCAGCCCGCUCAGCAGCAAACUCCAUUAGUGUUACAAGUAGAUGGAACUGGGGAUACAUCGUCUGAAGAAGAUGAAGAUGAGGAAGAAGACUAUGAUGAUGAUGAGGAGGAAGACAAAGAGAAAGAUGGAGCUGAAGAUGGGCAGGUAGAAGAAGAGCCCCUUAAUAGUGAAGAUGAUGUGAGUGAUGAAGAAGGACAAGAGCUGUUUGAUACAGAAAAUGUUGUAGUGUGCCAAUAUGAUAAGAUACACAGAAGUAAAAACAAAUGGAAAUUUCAUCUCAAGGAUGGCAUUAUGAAUCUUAACGGAAGAGAUUAUAUAUUUUCCAAAGCCAUUGGAGAUGCAGAAUGGUGAAGAGUUGCUUCUUUCCUUUUAUAAAUAAAAUGAAAGAAACUUAAAAAAAAAUUAAGUGGACACUUUGAAACUUGGAACAUAUACCAACCAAAAAACUUAAUUUCUGCAUGUCAGAAAAGUGCCGUAGAAGCCAAGCUACUGGAACAAAGAGACUUUGACAACAUAGACACUACUUCUAACUGGCAAGCCAUGGAACUGUAGCACCUGGGAUUGUUGGGGGGUGGGGGGUGUUGGGGUUUUGUGUAGGCAAACCAUAACUGUCAAUUUUAAAUACAGGUACCUGCCACUGAUAAUUAGCAUGUAAAACUUUGUCUUAUAUUCCUUCCUCCAACUUGGGUUCAAUCAGAAGAUACUUGUUGGAAUGAACUGAAGAAACUUCCCUUUUGAUAGAUUGAAGUGAAACUGCUUAUUGUAUGUGGUUAUAUUUGGUAAAAAUUGGGUGUGAGCUUUUUACAAAAGGGUAAGAAUUAUGGUGUUGAAUUUUCAUUCACUUGUAUAAGAGAACAGUUUAGAAUCGCAUAAUAGGUCUUAAAUAUUUUUACUUGCUAUUUUCCCUCAGUAAUAUAUCUAUAUAUAUGUAUACCUCUUCCAUGCUUUAAGAAACACCUAACACCUAUUUAAAAGUUAAAGGAAGUAAUCAAUGAUCACAGUUUGGCGAUAAAUUUUGACCCAGGAAUAGAUAUUUAUUUUAAUUAGGUUUUCAGACUUAUUAAAUAUAAUUUAAAGACGUCUGUCUAGUCUGAAUUGAGUAGAAUUAAAAGGCUAACUUUCCUUGGAGAAAAAUUAUAUAUUUUUUCUUUUAGCCCUGUACCUUACAAAGACACCUCAGAUUGGCUCCUUGGAAUAGAUUUUACUUUACAAAGGUAUAAUCUAGCAGAAAUUACAUGCUUAUGAAUAGAUAGUCAUUUUCUUUUUGGGCUGAAGUAUAUGCUUAUAUAUGUGUUUAGGUUUAAGCUAAACAGACAUUCAUAUAACAUUCUCUACAUUGAUUGGAGCAUAGGGCAGAUGGUGAGGACCUGGAGUUUUAUUAAACAGUUUAGCGAUUGUAAAAGUUUCUUUGUGUUUCUAGUACAGAAUUUAAAGACACACGGAUUCUAAUUAAACAAGUUUUUUAAAUGCAACUUUGUAAUUUGAGGGGGAAAUUUGGGGGUUAGAUGGAGUGGCUCACUAGUACAUAUUUACCUCUCUUAUUUGGUGGCCCUUCCAGGCCACUGAUAAUAUAAACAUGGACUCCAGUUUGCACAUUGGAUAAAAGCAUAGAAAUUUGACUUGUAUAUUAAAAGUAAUAGAAAUUUAAUAUGUAUAUUAAGAAUGCAUAGCUCUGUAUUCUCUAAGGGGCUCUAAAGAACAAUGUGGCACUGCUUGUCUACAGUGUAAACUUAGUUGCCUGAGAGAACUGUAGGAACACUUCUUGUCUUCACCAUUGUGUUCUUACAACUAAUUAUUUUCAUGGUUUAAGUUACUUGUAUAUUGACUUUUUUAAGUCUUCCAUUUUGUCUUUUAUUUGCCUUUAAUGUGUUUCCAGAAGUAGCAAACACUUUAAAGUAUAUUGCAAAGAAAAACUGUGAGCUAUUAUGUAAUUUUUUCUUUU